AUGUCUUCCCUCUCCCGUCGCGCGUGCUACAAGUGCGGCAAUGUUGGCCACUACGCUGAGGUUUGCUCGUCAGCUGAACGUCUUUGCUACAACUGCAAGCAACCCGGCCAUGAGUCCAACGGCUGCCCGCUGCCGCGCACCACCGAGGCCAAGCAGUGCUACCAUUGCCAGGGCCUCGGUCACGUCCAGGCCGACUGCCCUACCCUGCGCUUGAGCGGCGCUGGCACCAGUGGCCGCUGCUAUAACUGCGGCCAGCCCGGUCACCUCGCUCGUGCCUGCCCCAACCCUGCCGGCGUCGGCAUCGGACGUGGCGCCCCCGUUCCUCGUGGUGCUUUCGGCGGCUACGGACGUGGCGGUUUCGCUGGUGGUCCCCGCCCCGCCACCUGCUACAAGUGCGGAGGCCCUAACCACUUCGCGAGGGAUUGCCAGGCUCAGGCCAUGAAGUGCUACGCUUGUGGCAAGCUCGGCCACAUCUCUCGUGACUGCACCGCGCCCAACGGCGGUCCUUUGAACACUGCUGGCAAGACUUGCUACCAGUGCGGCGAGGCUGGCCACAUCUCGCGCGAUUGCCCCCAGAAGAACGCGAAUGGCGAGAUUCCCAACGACGUUGACAUGAAUGCCGCCGCUGGCAUCGCCGCGCCCGCUGUUGCACCCAUCGCCCCCGUUGCUUAA